AUGGCUGUUCCGUUACUCGAUCCUGCCAAGUUGCAGCUCGUCCAAGAAUUGGAGAUAGAAAUGAUGUCCGAUAUGUACAACCGAUUGGUCAGCGCCUGCCAUCGGAAAUGCAUCCCUGUUAAAUACCAUGAACCUGAAUUAGGUAAAGGCGAGUCAGUAUGUCUUGAUCGUUGCGUAGCCAAAUAUCUCGAUGUACACGAACGUAUCGGGAAGAAGCUAUCCAACAUGUCCCAAGGGGAGGCAGAGGCUGAUUUGACGAAAAUCAACUUACAAGACAAAAAGUAG